CCCUCUGAAGUUUGAACAGAGCGGAGAGACGGCUGGUUUUGGGUUGCUUACUUUUUUGAGGGAAUAGGUCUACUUUGCAUCUCAGCAUGUCAGUAGUAACAGUGCAACUUGGUCAGUGUGGCAAUCAGAUUGGUUUUGAAGUAUUUGAUGCUCUGUAUAGUGACUCACACUGUCCCCAAGGACUCUGCUCUGAACGAGAAAAUGAGGCAUAUCAAGCAUCUUCCAAAGAAAGAUUCUUUAGUGAGGAGGAAAAUGGAGUUUCAAUUGCCCGGGCUGUCCUUGUUGAUAUGGAACCAAAAGUUAUCAAUCAAACACUAUCAAAGGCUGCCCAGUCUGGCCAAUGGAAAUAUGCCCAGCAUUCGUGCUUCUGUCAAAAAGAAGGUUCUGGAAACAACUGGGCCUAUGGUUACUCUGUUCAUGGACCCAGGCACGAAGAAUCUAUAAUGAACCUCAUCCAGAAGGAAGUAGAGAAAUGUGACUCUUUGAGUGGUUUUUUCAUCAUAAUGAGUAUGGCUGGGGGCACAGGAUCAGGGCUAGGAGCCUUCGUUACACAGAAUUUACAAGAUCAGUACUCAAACUCUUUGAAAAUGAAUCAGAUUAUAUGGCCUUAUGGAACUGGUGAGGUUAUUGUUCAGAACUACAACUCCGUUUUGACUCUUUCUCACUUAUACCGAUCUUCAGAUGCCCUACUUGUUCAUGAAAAUGAUGCCAUUCAUAAGAUCUGCGCAAAACUGAUGAACAUCAAGCAGAUCUCCUUUAGUGAUAUAAACCAAGUCCUUGCGCAUCAGUUGGGAAGUGUGUUCCAGCCUACUUAUUCUGUGGAAGGUUCAUGUCACUACAGAAGAAAUCCAUUAGGAGACUUAAUGGAGAAUUUAGUUCCCCAUCCUGAAUUCAAGAUGCUGGGUAUUCGUAACAUUCCUCAAAUGUCUGAGAACUCACUGACAUACAGCACGUUUACUUGGGCUGGCCUCCUCAAACAUCUGAGACAGAUGCUCAUUUCUAAUUCAAAAAUGGAAGAAGGUAUUAAUUGGCAGGUACGGCCUCCUUUACCAGGACUUCCUACUCUUGGUAAAGUGUCUCUCAACAGGGAGCUUCAUUUUAACACUUCCAUUGCUAACUUGGUCAUCCUUCGUGGGAAAGAUGUACACAGUGCGGAUCUGGGAGGAUUUAAAGAUCCAGCUCUCUAUACUUCUUGGUUGGAGCCUAUUGAUGCUUUCAAUGUGUGGAAAACCCAGCGAGCCUUUAGCAAAUAUGAGAAGUCUGCAGCAUUGGUCAGCAAUAGCCAGUUCUUACUAAAACCACUUGAUACAAUUGUGGGCAAAGCCUGGAAUAUGUUUGCUUCAAAAGCCUACAUUCAUCAGUACACAAAAUUUGGAAUCGAAGAAGAGGACUUUUUGGACAGUUUCACUUUGUUAGAACAGGUUGUGGCCAGUUACUGCAACCUCUAAUCUUGAACAAAGGAGAAAAAGUACCUUAAGUCAUUUUCAGGCUAAAAUAUUUUUAAUAGUACUUUCUCUGAAAGGUUUUCAUAUCUCUACCUUAAAGGAACAAAGUCAAAUGCCAUUUUCUUUGGCUUACUAUGACCACAGAAAAGGAGGAAAACCUUUUAAACAGAGACAUCAUCAUGUUUUCAAUGAAAAUGUCUACUUGAUAUUUUCAUUUGUAAGAAAGAAAUUGGUGCUCCUGUAAAGAAAUUUGGAAACAUUUUGCUGAGAUGUUGGAACUCUGGAAGUAUGCAAAAAAAAGGGAAUAUUCUGUUUUGUCCCCAUGUUUCUAAGUCUUCCCUUUUUUAUUCCAAAAAGGAUUCACUAAAAUAACAGCUAAACUUUCACCACACAAUUUGAAGCUAAGAAAUUGCAGUUCUGCUUUUAAUUGAAGUGAGUGCUUUGAACCACAGGGGGGAGCAAUUGUCAAAUGCUAGAUUUAUAAAUACCUCGAAUAUUUUAUUCUCUAACAGAUUUUCCACUUGAAGCAGCUAUUUAAAAAGAGAUCUCAGAUUUUGUUAAUAAAUGUAUAUCAUGGGAUCCCUGGAUGGCGCAACGGUUUGGCGCCUGCCUUUGGCCCAGGGCGUGAUCCUGGAGACCCGGGAUCGAAUCCCACAUCGGGCUCCCGGUGCAUGGAGCCUGCUUCUCCCUUUGCCUGUGUCUCUGCCUCUCUCUCUCUCUCUCUCUGUGUGACUAUCAUAAAUAAAUAAAAAUAAAAAA